AUGUCCACGUCGACUCACGUCAAGCUCUUGUCACGAGACAUCCAGAUCCAGGCUACAUCUCUGCAAUCAUCAGUUUCAUCCGACAACAGCGGCCACCUGACACUGAACGUCCGAUACCACAAGCCUCCUGUCACUGAUGGCAGGACGCCUACCGUCUUGUGCUUACCGUUCUGGGGCGGUUCGGCAUCGACAUUCGACAGCGUCCUGACACAGCUUGCAUUGUUGUCCUCGUCGAGCAUCAGCGUGGCACUGACUUAUCGAGGAACAGGGUCGACACAUGCUCGAGGCCCGGAUACAGCUCAGGAUCACUCCACCUCCAGCCUUGCCGCCGAUGUCGUCAGGGUCCUAUCCAGCCCAGACUUUCUUGACCUCGUUUCGUCGGGGAGACUCGUACUCGUUGCCCACAGCAUGUCCGCAAAAAUCGCGUACCAUGUCCUCUAUCUUCUCGCAAGCGGUGGCAUUGGCAACGGCGUCAGAAUCGAAAUCGAACGCAUGUUACUCCUGGCGCCUGCACCGAUUGGGCCUCUCAAUCUUCCACCCGAGAUGUGUGCGCAACAACUCAGAGCCUACGACAGUCUUGAGAGUGCGGGCUGGACGGUGCGAAAUGUACUUAGCUACGCUCCGCUGGAUGAUGACAUGGUGAGGAGACUUGCCGGCGACGCUGUGGGGAUGAGUCCUGGCGCGAAGAGAGGGUGGGUGGAGUACGGCAUGAAGCUCGAUUGCACAGAGGUAUUGAAGGGGUUCAUGACUCUGAUGAAGGAUAGGCGUGCGUUGAAGGUGAGAGUGCUCGUAGGGCGAGAAGAUAAAGUUGAGACUGUGGAAAAGGUGUGCAAGGAGACUGUAGAUGUACUACAGUCGAUGGGGGUCGAUGUGAAAAUAAGAGUUGUCGAAAGGUGUGGGCAUUUGCUGCCUGUUGAGGCUGUGAAGGACGUGAUCAGUGAGAUUAGGGGCUUGCUUGGACCGUGA